AUGUCUGAAUACUUUAGAAAGUAUAUCAAGAAGGAGAAUUACCCAAAUCAUUUCUCAAAUAUCAAAUACAAGACGUCUUUUAGGAAUUGCAUUUUAGAAGCAUUCAAACGUAGAAAUUGGAAGGAGACAGAUGGUGAUGAUUGGGAUAUCAUGUGGGCUGAGAAGGAGUGGAUACAUGAAGUGAUGGAUCAUAUUCAUCUUCAACCUCACUAAAAAAUUAAUCAUUUUCGCAAUCACUAUGAACUAACUCGAAAAGAUUUGAUGAUCAAAAAUCUGAAAAAAUAAAGGAGAAUGUUGGAGAAGGAAGGCAAAACAGAUGAAGCUAAUUCUUAUAAUUUUUUCCCACUUACAUUUCAUCUACCUAGUGAAUACCCAAUUUUUAAUGAAGAAUUCAAAAAGCAGGGGGAUAACAAAACUGCUUGGAUCAUGAAACCAAUAGGAAAAUCAUAAGGGAGAGGCAUAUUCUUGUUUAAUAAAAUACAACAAAUUUCUUAAUGGAAAAAUCAAGUUAAAUUUAAUCCAGAAAAUCCAUCAGCUGAGUCCUACAUAGUCCAAAGAUAUAUAGCAGACCCUCUCUUGAUUGGAGGGAAAAAGUUUGAUGCUAGAAUAUAUUUAUUAUGCACAUCUUAUUCCCCCCUGACUUUGUACUUAUAUAGAACUGGUUUUGCUAGAUUCACUCAUCAUAGAUAUGACAAUGAGGACAUUACCAAUACUUAUGUUCAUUUAACUAAUGUGGCAAUCUAGAAGACAUCUGAUAAUUAUGAUGAAAAGUUAGGUGGCAAAUGGGAUCUAUAAAAAUUGAAAUUAUUUUUGAUGACUAAGUAUGGAUAAGACAAGGUUUAAGAAUGUUUCUAUAAUAUCCAAUAAUUAAUGAUUAAAUCCUUGUUGGCAGUAUAAAAAAUAAUAAUUAACGAUAAACACUGUUUUGAACUAUAUGGAUUUGAUAUACUAUUUGAUUCCUCUUUGAAACCAUGGUUAUUGGAAGUAAAUGCAAGUCCCUCAAUGACUUCUAAUACACCUAUUGAUUUCGAAUUAAAGUGUGGAUUACUUGAUGAUGUUUUUACAAUAAUAGAUCUCGAAAAAAUACUAACUGGAAAUGAAGAAUAAAUAGGGGGUUUUGAUUUAAUUUACAAGGGAGGCCCUAUCAAAUCAUAAUAUUACUCCUCAUCAAUCUCCUUCUUAGGUACAUUUAAUAAUAGGAAAGCACACUUAAAGAAAUUAGCCAAAAAUUGUGCUCUAAGAUUAAACCAAACUACUCCAUAAUUAAAGAGUUCAGAAGGUACCAAAAAAGAGAAGGAUAAAGAUAAAGAUGAUAAACAAAUGAGGAGUGCUUCAAAAAGUUCUUAAAUCAAUUAAAAUUCAAACAUAUAGAAUAAAAUAGCUGCUCAACCAAGAGGGAUUACAAAUAUCAAACGAACUUCAACCGACUUACCGAUCUUAAUGAAUAAGUAGAAUUCUAUACGCAAAGAGGCAAACCUUAAUAGUUAACAAAAAUAAACUAUCUCCAUAUAAUAAAAGACGGAAUUAGAAUUCAACUAAAAUAAAGUAUUCUCUUAAUUAAAUAAUUCUGCUCUCAGUCCUUAUUAAUAAGAUGAAAGUGUUACAAACAACAAUAGAGUUAUAAAGAAUAGUUUUUAAACCUUGCCUAAGAUUGCUAAACCAGAAUCCUUUAUAUAAAAUGCAUGA